UUGAGAACGUAUAUUAGUAUAAAACGGGAAUGUAUAGAUAUCUUGUGAUGGCAAAGUUUUCUUUUGUUCUGAGACAAGUAUACUGCAAGCAUUGAUGUGUGUCCUUCAGCCCGAAUUUGCAUAAAAACAGAGGCGUUAGGAUUCCGAAGCACUCACUCGAAGACUACGCGAUGGCUACUAGUUUUUCCUUUUUCUCGCCAACGUAUCAUAAAAGAGUUUGCAAACAGCAAAGAAAAAUGAAUCUAUAAACAAAGUCUUUAGUAAACUUUUAGCGGUAAACUGUGGGCAAAAAUUAGUUCCCAACAAUUGUAUUAUGAAGAUGAUGAGGGCUGGUUCUUGUUGUCUURUGUUUUGGCUGUUUCUGUCAAUAAGAGGUUUCAAUACAGAAGAUCCAUGGACAUCAGAUGAUUUUGAAGUGAAUGUUGACAACCUCCUUUCAAACUACAUGUACCAAUCUGAAAGACAAGAAAGCUUUGAUGAUCAAAAGAGCAAAGAAGAGUGCAAAACACCAGCCUGCAAAUCGCUAAAASAAUUUGUCCAGUCUACAAUGAGCACCAAAUAUAGACCUUGCGAUGAUAUGUACAUGUAUUCUUGUGGUGGAAUGAUAGAAAGAGAAAAGAAAAGAACCCCUGAGCAUUCCAACAGCACUUUUAGAAUGUUAAUUCAAGCUCAGACUAAGAAAUUGAUCAAGGUGGUGGAGGGUUUGAAAGAUAGAAAAGAAAACGAUGCGUACAAGAAAGUGUACGACUGGUAUGCAGCAUGCAGCAACACUGAAGAAAAAAAGAAACUUGGWAGAAGUCCUCUUCUAAAGGUUCUCAAAUCCUCGGGAUCUUGGCCUCUUCUGAAUGAAUUUUGGGAUGAAUAUGACUGGGACUUAGAGGAAACUCUAGCUUUUAUGAAUCGCGAAUUAGCAGUUUUUCCUUUGAUUGGGAUAACGUUGGACAACGAUGCAAGAAAUGUGUCUGGCACUCCUUUWCGACUAGCGAUCACCAACCCAGACCUUGGUUUAUCAGCAACAGAAUUUUAUCUUAAGAAAACAAAAUACUCUGACAAGAUAUUAUUUGCGUAUUUUCAAUUACUUUGCAAACUCAACGAGCUCAUUGGAGCAACAGGCACUUGCUCUCUGCAAGAAUUUAAUUUUUAUGAUGAAAACUUAGAUAACUAUCAAGAAGGACUUGUUAAAGACGUGCUGGAAGUGGUCAAGUUUGAAAUGGACCUCGCUAAGGCGAGAUCCUUGGCAAAAGGUACAUGCUUAGUCUGUCGCCAAACAACACUAGGGGAUCUUCAAAGACGUUAUGGAAUGUUUGCGUUUGACUGGAAGCGUUACAUACGGCUGCUUUAUCAAGGUAUUCCCUCACAGCCUCCUUUUUAUGAUGAUGAAAUCAUUUACACGCUGCAUCCCAAAGUUUUGGACGAAAUUAUGCAGCUUAUAGAGAGAACCCAACCAAGGGUUUUAGCUAAUUACAUCAUGUCAAACGUCCUAUUCGAGUAUGCUGGAACACUGUCGCCGGAAUUCCGUGAACCCUACAAGCAAUUUUACACGGCCGCCUACGGUAUCAAGACUUUCAGCCCGUUAAAUGUACGAUGUAUACAUUCUGUAAGCAAGGAUUUGAUGUUUGCUGUAACAGCUUUAUUUGUAAAAGACAACUUACCGGAGAAUGAUCUUGUCAAGGCUGAGCAAUUAGUCAAUCGUUUGACAGAGGCAUAUCUAGACCAUUUGGAUGCRGACGUACAAUGGAUGGAUAGCAAUACAAGAAAUGCAGCCAAGAAAAAGGUGAAAAUGAUGAUGGCGCAUGUUGGAUACCCCCGGUGGGACAUGCAAUUAACAACAGCGAAUGCACAAUACAGCGCCUCUAAAAACAUGAUAACUGUAGGAGCGGGACUCCUUCAACCCCCUUUGUUUCAUCUCGACUAUCCAAGAGCACGUACAUUUGGUAGCAUUGGGAUGGCCAUUGGUCACGAAAUGACACAUGGUUUUGACGCUUAUGGUGGGUUGUACCACGAUCCC